AUGGAGAAAGAACUGGAGAAGCAGUUGACGGAACAACAAAUCAAGUCACUCCUUGUUCGGGAGAGAUAUUACCGAGAUACGGCGCAGUGGGAAAACCUGCGGAAUUCCUACCACCCAGAUGUCUCAAAGACAGCAAUCAAGAUUACUUGGUUCGAGGGAGACGCGGAUGGAUUUGUUGCUGGGUCCCAAAAGAUGGCUGGCGGCGGCACCAAUGUCACGCACACUAUCUGUCCAGUGGUUGUCCAUGUGAAUGAUGAUAAGGCCGUGACCGAAUCUAUUGGUAGCAUCAACUCCCGCUUCAAUCUGGAAGGUCACGAUUAUGACUGCGCAUCUUACACACGAUUCAUUUCGCGGCUUCAGAAGGUCAAUGGAGAAUGGAAAUUGUUAACUCUGCAUGCUAUCUAUGAACGGGAUACCAUUACGCCGGCCGUUCCCAUGUCCUCGCCUCCGGCCAAGUUUGACCUGACGGGUUAUCGUCCAAGCUAUAACUGUAUUGGUUGGCUGCUGGCCCGUAAAGGAUUUCAGAUCAAUCAGGACUUGCCGGGAUCGGACCGUCCCGAACUGAUUGCACAGCUGAUGGAUGAGGCGUGGAAUUGGUUGAAAUAA